CCUAAGCAACUGAAAUGUGUCAACAGAAAGAAAACCCAUCAUUCACCUAUCUCCAUAACCCCAUCCCUUUUUAUAUCCAAUCCAAUGUGUGUUCUUCUCCAUUCAUCAGCUUAAUAUGGAGAAUUCUAACAAUUCUUCUCCUCCAAAGAUUACUUCACCAACUACUCUGCACUUCACUGUUAGAGGAGGAGGAGGAAGAUGCAUUCAAACCCAACAGUCAUUCAGACUUCAUUCUCAGUCUGAAGGACAGCAACAGGAGAGUGUCCAUGAUAAAUCCAAGGAUAUGCAGAAAAUUCCCAUGAAAGAACAAACUAAGCCAUUGGAAAUGAUGCUUCACACCCAACAGAGAGCAGCCAAGCGUCCAGGGUUCAAUUAUAUGCAUAUGGUUGCUACUAAGAUGUAUAUCCUAGAACAGCAGAAACAACUAGAAGAGAGGGUGCAAAAGAUGAUAGAAGAAGAAGAGGUUCGGACAUUGAGAAAGGAAAUGAUCCCUAGAUCCCAAUUGAUGCCUUUCAUUGAUAGGUCCUUCUUUUCCCAAAGGCCAACAAGGCCUCUGACUGUUCCCAAGGAUCCAAGUUUUCAUAUCCCAAACAGGAAAUGCUGGAGCUGCCUCUCUAGCAAUGAACUCGAAGCUUUUGAAACACUCAGAAGCAGGCUAUGAAGCAUCCAUUUUCCAAUGUACUGGGGGAACCAAGUUCUAGAGAUAUAGAACCCAUUUCUCAAAUGUUGUACUUCUGUAGACUUUGGGCAGUGGAGAGAGAUGAGUGUUUGUUGAAUUCUUGAAUGUAUUACUUUUGUAGACUUUGGCAUUGAAGAAAGUCUAGUAUUGUAUUCUUAUGGAUUUAAGUAGUAGUUAUGUUUAGAAUAUUAAUCAAUAAGAUUUGAAACCCGUUCUAGUGA